AUGAAUGAGUUCAAGAAUACCAUCCUCAGUCGUCUGACAACCUCCCUCUGGGGGCUUGUUCCUGGAAAAAGAGUCCAUAAAGUCUUAAGGUAUGGCCUGGACAAACACCUGCCUCCCAAUGCCCACGAGCUGGUGUCUGGGAAGCUGCACGUUGUCCUCACCCGUGUGCACGACUGGAGAAGUGUGACCGUGUCCGAGUUUGCCUCCAAGGAGGACCUGAUCCAGCGUUACGUGGACGGGGAACUGGCCAUGUGGAGAGCUGACUUCGUGUCCCAGAACACCAUCACCGUGUCUGCGUUCGCCGGCGAAUACGACAUCUGCCCCCGGGACGGCGCCGCCGCCUUCUUCAACUUCCAGCUCUCUGACUGCACUUUGCACCUCUCCACGAGGAACCUCUGCCGCUUGCAGCACAUUUUUCAGGUCCCCAAACGCCAAGUCAUGGACCGGUUUUUUGCCUCUGGCUACCAGGACACGGUCUGCUUCUUAAAGAGACUGAGUAAGUGA